CAAAUUGGACCUAGCAAAUAAGCCGAAGGGUCAGGCCCAAAAAGGGGGCCGAAAAAAGCGCCGUGGGGCAAGCGCUUCCACUCAUCGAUUGGAUCAUCCAUGGCUUAGGAAGAGAGAAGCAGUAAGCAUCAAUCGGAAAAGAUGGCUUGUUCGAGUUCAAGCUGCAACUUGCUCUUCAACCGUCCCUCGAUACCAAUUUCAACUUCAGCCACUGGCUGUUCCCUUUCUUUCUCAAACUCUAUCUUUUGCGGAUACCAUGCGAUUUCCCAUCAAUAUGCUAGCUCUACCUCAAGAAUUCGUGCCAAGUUUGAGAAGUUCCAAGGCGAACCUCCUCAAGACAGUGUUCGAGAGGUCGAAACGUCAUCAUCUGCACUAGAAAGCUUUGAGGAGGAUGAGGAAGAUGACAGUUGCUUGCCUCCUGACUUGGAGGGUGCAGUGCGGCAAUCAAGUCAGGCCACUGCCCUUUUUGUGUCUUCAGGAGGAAUGAGAGCCAUAGUAUGCGCUCAAGUUGAUAAUCUAGUUCCCAAUGUUGAGCUUUUAAUCCCCCAACUGCAAUUUUUAGAUGAUGAAGGGGCACAGGUGGAGCUCUGGGAAUUGUCAAGGAUUUUCUUGGACACCCUUAUCAAAGGAACAGAAUGUCAGAGUGUCAAAGCCAUAUUUCCAGAUGCUGGUGCAGCUGCUCUUCUAAAAUAUCGGUGGAAGGAUGCUGCAUUUAAAUUUGCAAGCUUAAGUGAUCGAAGGCCUGUAGAAAGUGGAGACGAGAUCAUUGUCAUGGUCGUUCCUGAUUAUCAAAUGUUAGAAUACGUUGAGAGAAUUGCAUCUGAGCUAUCAAAUGAUCCACCAAGGCCUCUCAUCAUGUGGAAUCCACGCUUGAUUAGUGAGGAUGUUGGGGUUGGAGUAAAUGUUCGGAAGUUAAGACGCUACUUUUUAAGCACGUUCACGACUGUUUAUUCCAUGCGACCUCUGCCAUCCGGUGCAGUCUUCAGGUGCUAUCCAGGAGUAUGGAAAGUGUUCUACGAUGAUAAGGAUAGGCCCAACAGAUAUUUGCUCGCCAAGGAGUUCAUUAGCCGUCCUGAUGCUGAAGAACUUGAGAUGAUAUUUGGCGGUGCGGAAGGGGAGUCAUUGCAAGGCCGAAGUUUGCUAGACAAAGCGGCAACCUUCAUCUCCUCAAUAAAUCGAUUUAUGAAGGCUAUUUCAUGAGGACAUUUCCUCCUCUUUUUUGCCUUUUGUGAAAAACUUUAAAGCGCGUGGCAUAAGCUGUAAUACGUUAUAGAUUUUCACACGUAAUAAUACGUGGCAAAUAUUUAUUAAAAAAAAAUACGUGACACACUUUCUCCUGACUUCA